AUGGACAGUUUAGUUUUUGUUGAAGUUACAUCAGAUGCAGAAAUCGCAAACUGUGCAUUCAACCAUAGCAAGAACUUCAAAGAAAUAAGAUAUAAUUCACCAGAAAUCACAAAGAUCUAUUUGACUUAUUAUGUUUCGAAUUAUACAGCAAAUUUGAUCAAAGUCAGUGACAAAAUAACAGCUUAUCCUGUAUCAAAGUCAUGCAAAGAAUGCAAAGUUAAGUUUAUGAACAUUUCAUGUGAUGUCAAAGAAAUGAACACAGGAAAUAAAGAAUUUAUAAGAAUUGGUCAGUUCACAUAUUCAGGAAAGACAGAAAUCACAGGAAACAUGUCAGAUCCAAGUAACAUUGACUGUUUAAUCUUGAACAAAGAUUACAAAGGAAAGUUAUUUGGUCAAAGUGUUUCCAAAUACAGUAAAUGUGGUUCAUUCCCAUUAUCUGCUAUAAUUGGCAUCGCAGCAGCCGGAAUGGUUGUUGUUGGAAUCAUAAUAACUGUUAUUGUGAUUUGCAUCAUGAGAAAACGCAGAACUAAAGGUUUCUCAGAAAUACCUAACAGUAUAUAA